GUCAAAUCAGUGAUCGACACAUGUCAUGUUCCGUUGAAGAACAUCAUACUUAUGGGCCAUAGUCUUGGCGCGCAUGUAAGUGCGUUCGCUGCGAAGAAUCUUCAGCAAUCCGCAGGUUACGGCAACAUUUCGCUUCUCAUCGGUGCUGAUCCCGCUUCUCCCGGGUACAUAUUUAAGGAUUGCAAGGACAGAUUCUGCAACACGGACGCGAAACGUGUAGUAGCUCUUCACACAUCGAUGAUUGGACUGCAAAAAUCUCUAGGUCACUUGGAUUUGUGGUUCAAUAACGGAUUAGGUCAACCAGCAUGUGGUGUUUCAAUAAUCAAUGAUUUGAACUUUUUCUGCUCGCAUAUUAUUCUCCUUAAGUAUAUGGCUAAUAUGUUGAAAGAUGAUUGUGUAUUUAUUGGUAAUCCUGUACCGCGUAGAACAAACUUGCUUGCAAGUAUUCAGCCCGGUUGUUCUUCCAGCAGAACCGACUGCAUUGUCGUGGAUAACAGGAUAUUUGACCCUAACUAUUCCGUAAAGGGAGACUAUUGUGUUUCCGUUUCACCGAAAGUUCCCUACUGUUAUACAAAAAACAAAAUUAACUGUCAAAAAUAAAAUGCAGCAAACGACACUUCAAUUUCAAU